AUGUCUGCUUCCUGGAGUCGGCCCAAAAACGCCUGUUCCACUCCGGUUCUUUACCGCGCUUGUCAGGCAUUAAGUUAAACGGAAGAAGAGCCUUUGAGAGGAUAGAAAGCCGACGAUGAUCCUCCAGCGGCCGUCGCCGCCUUCCUCCCUCGCCGCUCCUACAAUCAAACCCCAUUCUUUCUCCAAAUCCUCCGUCCCGAUCCCAUCUCCCUCCACCUACUCCAACUCCAACCGCCGCGGGAUCCUAUUCCUCGAUGCAGACGCUAAAAGCCGCGCUCCAAGAGUCGCCACCGGUAGAAGAAGAUGGACGGCCAAGCCAUGGCUGGUUCCUCUUGGAGCCGCAAGCAAUCCGCCAGCGGCGGCGGCCGCCGCCAGCGACGGCGACGAAGGCAGCGGCAGCUCUCUCAGUUUCCGCCAGCUCGUCGUGCGAGUGGGGGAGGCGCUGUCGAUGGCAUUUCCGCUGUGGGUGGGGUCCGCGUGCCUCAUCGCACUGUGGCGGCCCUCCUCCUUCCUCUGGGUUCACCGCAACUGGCAGAUCUCUGGAAUCACUCUCACCAUGCUUGGCAUGGGCAUGACCCUGACGCUUGAUGAUCUGAGAGGCGCCUUCUUGAUGCCUAAGGAGCUGACCGCCGGUUUCGUUCUCCAGUACACGGUGAUGCCAUUGUCAGGAUUCUUUGUGAGCAAGUUGUUAAAGUUGCCUUCACAUUAUGCUGCUGGUUUAGUACUGGUUGCCUGCUGUCCUGGAGGAACGGCAAGUAACAUUGUCACCUAUCUAGCACGCGGGAAUGUAGCCCUCUCAGUGUUGAUGACAGCAGCAAGCACCUUUGCUGCUGUGAUAAUGACACCUAUUCUUACAUCCAAACUUGCUGGACAAUUUGUUGCAGUAGAUCCAGCUGGGCUCUUCAUGUCAACAGUUCAGGUUGUGCUUGCCCCUGUACUACUGGGUGCUCUUCUGAACCAGUAUUGCCAGAGUUUAGUUGAGGUUGUUUCCCCCUUGAUGCCAUUCAUAGCUGUUGCAACUGUAGCAAUUUUAUGUGGUAGUGCUAUUGCUCAAAAUGCCUCAGCAAUUCUUUCAUCCGGAUUGCAAGUGGUCCUUGCUGUUUUUCUACUUCAUGGCUCAGGCUUUUCCUUUGGUUACAUGUUAUCGAGGAUGCUGGGAAUCGAUGUCUCUUCUUCGCGCACUAUAUCCAUUGAGGUUGGCAUGCAGAAUUCAGUGCUUGGGGUAGUGCUUGCUGGCCAGCAUUUUGGUAAUCCUCUAACUGCAGUUCCCUGUGCUGUGUCUAGCAUUUGCCAUUCAAUCUAUGGUAGUCUUUUAGCUGGAAUCUGGCGAAGCAUGCCACCACCAACCGAAGUGAAAAAUUGAUGCCUAGAGACAUGUUAGAUUUGGAGGUAAACUAAUAGAAGUCACGUCAGAUGUAUUAGUUAAAAUAGACCAGUUAAUCCCGCGUAAGAGGAAUCCCAAUCGGCUCAUUCAAAUGGUUCCUUGAUGUGUCUGAAUGUCGUGCAACAACUGGGGAGAACUUUAUCUUGACUUUUGAGCAUGACUAACGGAAGGUUAUGGGAUUGUUUUUUGGUCGAAAACUGCUGUUAGAGAAAAAAUGCAGAUGAUCACGUGCUUGUUACACUGCUCAAUUUCCUUGCGUUUUACUGUCUCCAUCCUUGCUUUGAGCUGUUGGUAUCCUAUGUGACAUUGCUAAGAGUAAAGAAUUCAGAUAUC